AUGAUGUGUCUGGUCUUCGUAGUUCUUGUGUCAAUGUCUGUACUGAGUCUAGCAACUAGUCAGCAGCCAUUCUGCAAUUCUAGCGAACAAAAACCAAGUGAAGCUGGGUGGAUUCAACUGCUGAGUGCAUUUCAGUUAGAAAGUAAAGAACAAAAGAAUACUAAAGCCCAAUAUCAAUACUCAUCCGGGGAAUUCGGGCUGGAAACGGAAGCUCAGUCAUGUCUUGAUGGGAAGAAGUCACAAUGUGUUCCCGUUUUUUACGAUCCAGACUGGUCGUCCGGAAUGAUUGCUAAACAGGCAGCUGUCACUUAUGGACCGCAACUGAAAACGAGCGAUGGAAAGUUUGGAUGUGUGUGUAUGGGUCCAGAAUCCAAUGACAACGGCAGCGGAAACAGCAAGAACCCUAAGUACCCUGGAGUGCUGUUCUGUCUCUUUGGGGGUACAGAGAUUUCAUGGACGAACUUAGCUAGAAUAUAUAACGAAGCCCUCACCAAUGGCGCAGAGAUUUUCUUGGAACUGACUAGGAUUGCCUGGAAAGCUGGAAGGUGUGAACAAGUGGAGAAGAGGCGCACGACUGCUCAAACGCGCAUGUGCAAGUUUCAACUCGGAGAAGCUCUUCGCUGGCUACUGAGAGAAAAAAAGAAUCUUUUCGACCACUGCGUCAUGGAAGAAAUAGAACAGUACGGGAGCCCUUAUCUAUGGUCUGCAGCGCCCUUUGAAUCAUUGCAUCGAAUCCUGCAAGUGCCACACAAUCAGUUUGUGACCAAUUGCGAUGCUAGAAUCCUUGAGCGGGAAGAUGUGCGCUAUUAUCGCCUCCACGAAGGUCAUCUUGUUCCACCGAAGAAAUCGAAGGGUGUCCUUGUCGGACUUGGACGCACUGACAAAGAGGCAAUGAGCACGGAGGCUUGGAAAGCAAACCUAGACGUCAGCAUUGAGAACUUAGGCAGCCAGUGA